CGGCGUGUAGCACGGCGGGGUUAGGCCAGACAACAACCAGGUGCAUACAGGAUGUGGACGAUGGCGGUGUUUCCUCUGCUUUUAUGUAUCUUCACGACAGGUGUUGUAGCUGCUGAAGCUUGUGCUACAUGUACCUCCACGUACAACGAUGCUACAUCAGCCGAGGGUUCAGAUACCGACUGUGAAUACCUGAAAACGUACUUGGAUUGUCUCGAGACUGCAGCAGGAACAUCUGCUGGAUGUGACUUGGCAACAGCUCAAGCCACGAAAAUCAGUGACGCUGUUUGUGACCCAGAUUUGGAGUUGCCCUGUACAUGCCAAAAGACAUUCUGGGGAAGCGACCUAUCCGGGAACAACGCAUGCGGGCCGCUAGGGACCUACAUCCAAUGUCUCACUGACGCAGGAGAGAAAGUUACAUGCAAGACUGGAGUCAAAGCUUCUGCUAUCAUAGACAAGCCCAAGGGGAGACUUGCAACUCUUACAUGUAAUGCUGCAGUUUCCACCCUGAGGAUGUACAGUACGACCACUGUUGUUCUUCCUUUCAUCCUGAUGGCGUUUCUUCCUUAGCUGACAACGAAUCACAAUGGAUACUUUUGAAAUGUAUUUGAGAAUUUCUUAGUGAACGCUAAUCUUACUGACAAUGAUACGCUUCGAUGAUUCAGAAACGCUGUGUAGAUUGGCAUUGUCAUGUUUGCAUUUAUUGAAACAAUUAAAGAAGCUUCAAACUGACUAAGGGGGCAAAACGACUCGUAUUCAACUUAAUUAGGCCCACCUGAUGACGUUUUCUGAUGACGUGGUUCUCCCCAAAAGGCCACCGACGAAUAGAAAAUGCCAUCAACCCCUUAGACACUUUGAUAGCAGAAUAAAGGUUUAGUGUAGUGAUGAUUUCCUUGAAUUAUGCAAGAAGUGGCUUACACGAAUGUACAUAUCCAUCAGAAUAUCUUUUGUAAUAAAAAAAAUACUGGCUUA